GCAGCUCCGCCGACGAUUAUUAUUAUUUCUUGGCGAGCUGCUCAUUUCCUGGUUCAGCGUCUUGGGCUCGGCAAGCAGCUGACUGGUCACCCCGGGUCUGGCUCAGGAACAGUUGGUGACACUGAGUCUGGGGUCUGUGACUUCCUUCGGAUGGUCGUGAAGAAGGGGAGUUAACACGAAGCCGGGUUCUCAGGAAGGGGAUCGGAGCUUGAAGGCGGAUCCAGAGGAAGGGUGGAAGUCACCCUUUUCCACUGGCUUGGUGGGUCCCCCAGCCGGGUCUUGAGCCAGCAACGCUGCUGUCUGUGAGGGAGCGCAGAGCAGCUGGGGUGGGAGGCUGCUGGCCGCUUCAGGAAGGGUCUGGAUUUUGAGCAGGGUUUUGACAAGAAGAUGCUUUGGCCGCCAGCAGCCCUGCCUGCGUUCUUGGGAGCCAGUCCCAGGGAGAAAGUGAACUGGGGCAACUGACAAGCUCAGCAGGUCUGGCAGAAGCUUCCUCCGAGGCUGAGCAUUUCUCCUCUCUAGAGGAAGAUCUGCCUGCACUGCAAGUGUCCACAGGAGGAGCACAUGGUGACGGUGAUGCCGCUGGAGAUGGAGAAGACCGUCAGCAAACUCAUGUUUGACUUCCAGAGGAACUCGACGUCGGAUGAUGACUCGGGCUGCGCCUUAGAGGAGUACGCCUGGGUCCCGCCGGGCCUGAAGCCUGAACAGGUUCACCAGUACUAUGGCUGUCUCCCAGAGGAGAAGGUUCCUUAUGUCAACAGCCCUGGAGAGAAACUGCGGAUCAAGCAACUACUGCACCAGCUGCCCCCACAUGACAACGAGGUUCGAUACUGCAACUCCCUGGAUGAGGAAGAGAAGCGGGAGCUGAAGCUGUUCAGUAACCAGAGGAAACGGGAAAACUUGGGCCGCGGCAAUGUCAGGCCCUUCCCGGUCACGAUGACAGGAGCUAUUUGUGAACAGUGCGGAGGCCAGAUCAACGGCGGGGACAUUGCUGUGUUUGCGUCCCGCGCUGGCCACGGUGUUUGCUGGCACCCGCCGUGCUUCAUCUGCACCGUCUGCAGCGAGCUCCUGGUGGACUUGAUCUACUUUUAUCAAGACGGGAAGAUAUACUGUGGCCGGCACCACGCCGAGUGCCUGAAGCCUCGCUGUGCCGCCUGUGACGAGAUCAUCUUUGCGGAUGAAUGCACAGAAGCUGAGGGGCGUCACUGGCAUAUGAAACAUUUUUGCUGCUUCGAGUGUGAGACGGUGCUGGGUGGCCAGCGCUACAUCAUGAAGGAGGGAAGACCCUACUGUUGCCACUGCUUCGAGUCCCUGUACGCGGAAUAUUGUGACACCUGUGCUCAACACAUAGGGAUCGACCAAGGUCAGAUGACAUAUGACGGCCAACACUGGCACGCCACUGAGACCUGUUUCUGCUGUGCUCACUGCAAAAAGUCCCUUCUGGGGCGGCCGUUCCUCCCGAAGCAGGGCCAGAUAUUCUGCUCUCGGGCCUGCAGUGCUGGUGAGGACCCCAAUGGCUCUGACUCAUCGGAUUCAGCUUUCCAGAACGCCAGGGCCAAGGAGUCCCGGCGCAGCGCCAAGAUCGGCAAGAACAAGGGCAAGACAGAGGAGCCCGUGCUGACCCAGCACAGCCAGCUGCAGGUGAGUUCCAACCUGCUGUCCGCCGACGUGGACCCCCUGUCAAUGCAGAUGGACCUGCUCAGCCUGUCCAGCCAGACGCCCAGCCUCAACCGGGACCCUAUUUGGAGGAGCCGGGACGAGCCCUAUCCUUUCGGGAACCCGAUGGAGCAGAAGCCGUCGCAGAGUCCUCUGCAGCUCCUCAGCCAGUGCAACAUCAGAACUUCCUACAGCCCGGGAGGCCAAGGGGCCGGGGCGCAGCCUGACGUGUGGGGCAAGCACUUCAGCAACCCCAAAAGGAGCUCGUCGCUGGCCAUGAAGGGGCACGGGGGCAGCUUCGUCAAGGAGUGUCGAGAGGACUAUUACCCGGGCAGGCUGAGGUCCCAGGAGAGCUACAGCGACAUGUCCAGCCAGAGCUUUAGCGAAACCCGGGGCAACAUCCAAGUCCCCAAAUACGAGGAGGAGGAGGAAGGGGAUAUGCCCGCUCAGCAGUGUCGGACCCGUCACCCCGUCGGCUCCCUGAAAUACACGGAGGACAUGACGCCCACUGAGCAGACCCCUCGGGGCUCCAUGGAGUCGUUGGCCCUGUCUAACGCAACAGGCCUCUCCGCCGACGGUGGCGCCAAGCGCCAGGAGCACCUGUCCCGAUUUUCCAUGCCUGACCUCAGCAAAGACUCUGGGAUGAACGUCUCUGAGAAGCUGAGCACCAUGGGCACACUGAACUCCUCCAUGCAGUUCCACAGCGCGGAGUCAGUCCGCAGCCUGCUGUCCGCCCAGCAGUACCAGGAGAUGGAGGGGGGCCUCCGCCAGCUCGGCAACCCCACUGGGUACAGAGACCUGCAGUCCCACGGAAGGAUGCACCAGAGCUUUGACUUCGAUGGCGGUAUGGCAGGCAGCAAGCUGCCGGGCCAGGACGGGGUGAGGAUCCAGCCCAUGAGCGAGCGCACCCACAGAAGAGCCACUUCGCGGGACGACAGCCGCCGCUUCCGACCUCACCGGUCCAGGCGUUCCCGGCGCUCCCGCUCAGACAACGCGCUCCACCUGGCCAGCGAGCGCGAGGCCAUCUCUCGGUUAAAAGAAAGGCCCCCCUUGAGGGCCAGGGAGGACUAUGACCAGUUCAUGCGUCAACGGAGCUUCCAGGAGAGCCUGGGGCCGGGGUCCCGGCGGGACCUGUACGGCCAGUGCCCAAGGACUGUGUCGGACCUGGCUUUGCAGAACGCCUUUGGGGAGCGAUGGGGACCCUACUUCGCUGAGUACGAUUGGUGUUCCACCUGCUCCUCCUCGUCGGAGUCUGACAACGAAGGCUAUUUCCUAGGAGAGCCGAUCCCCCAGCCAGCUCGCCUGCGGUACGUCACCAGCGACGAGCUGCUGCACAAGUACAGCUCUUAUGGCAUCCCCAAGGCCUCCACACUCAGCGGCAGAGGACAGCUGCACGGCAGGAAGAGACAGAAGAGCAAAAACUGCAUCAUUUCUUAAUGUCACGGGGGCCGCGGGAUGGGGCGAGACGGGAGUUAAGAAUGUAGGCUCCGAAACUUGCGCUGUUUUCAACUUUAAAGUGCUUCGGGGGGUUGAUGGGAGAAAGGGAAAUGGCUCUCAGUCGUUGGAGGCAAGGUGACAGAUGGACUCCCAAAGUAGUCGCAGUUCUUGGCAUGUUGACUAUUAUUUGCACAUUUCACUUUGGAAACACUUCAGACCCUGGAGGCCAGGGUUGGGCGCCCCCUGCCCGCCAGGUCUGUGUGGAGUUGCCGCUCGUCAGCUGGCAAGAUGUUUUCUGCUCGCUUGUGCUCUUCUUCCGUUCUCUCACUUUUAGGACCUUUUUUUUCCAGUAAGUAAUUUGUUUAUUAGCCAGGACCCAAGACUAAGUUAUUUACAUGUCCAUUGUAAAUGCAAUGUAAAUGAGAGUUCUGAUAAAAUAUUUUUGUAUUUUGUAUUAUCAAAGGAAUUUCUAUAUCGUAGGACUCAGUGGGGACCUGCACGCACGUUCAGCAUCGUCUUUGAGUAGUAUUCAGAGGUGGGCCAGGACCACCUUUUUUUUUCUUUUCCUAUACCAAUUUGUUACAUGUCAGUGAGACCUUUUUCGAAGAACCGUAUUCAAUUUGGCUUUUUGUGACUGGAAAAAAAAUGAACUGUGAUACCCAAGGCGCUGUAUGCUUCAUUCCCUCUUAAGGGGCUACCCUUAAGGCUGCUCCCACCUGGGUAGAAUAUAUUCUCUGCAAAGUGAUAGUAAUUUGUUUUGUUCUGUUUUUUUUUUUUUUAUUGCAAAUGUACCUUUUGCCAAUUAGAGCAAUUAUCCAGUGUCAGUAAAGUUCCGUGAGAAAUGCCAUCCCUGCUGGGAACAUUGAAGUUGCUUCCUGUUGAUUUGUCCCUUGGGGAAAAUUAAAGUGACCGUGAGUGGUACCCUUGUGUGAUGUCAGCAUGACGUCGUUUGAAUGUGGCAUUAUUUUCUGGUGCUCGUUUCCUGGAUUGUAUUAUCCGCUUUCCUUUUCCAAGGCCGAUGGCGCUGCUGCCUUCGCCUGGCAACCUGUUGUCCUCAAAGCAAAUGAACUUCCGCAGUUGGAGUUGAGGGACAGGAAGGUUCUGGGGGGCUCUGGGAGUGAUGGUGUGUUCUGGGUUGUAUGUCAUGGACGGAGAAAGAAGGAGCAAGACAAUUUGAAGACAGAAAGCAGGUCAAGGGUCAAAGCUGAAGGGCGUGUGAAGGAAGGUCAGGGACAAGGAGAACUUCUGGGAGGGAACUAGAGGUGAGUAGGCAGCCACCUUGAGUAGCCCCCAGUGCCCGUGGAAAGAGUCCAGUUUAACAAGCUCAGUAACCGGAGUGUCUGGGUUGCUCACGGAAGGUUGAGCUGCUCAGGAGAUUUUGAAAAACUGGCUUUGUUGAGGGGGUUUCCAUUCUGAACAUUGAGGACUGUUGGUCAGACAGAAGAUGGGCUCAAAAGUGAGUUUGCUUAAAGAAGACAUUUCACGGUUGUGCUGUUUAUAGUAAACUAAAACUUCCUACCUUGCUUCAGUUUACAAUGAAGCAUUUGCUUCUUCUUCCUCCUCCCCUGAGUGGUUUGUGGAGUUGAAAUAAUCCGUAAGGACCUGCCUUUAGCGAGAAGUACCGUUCGUGUGGUAUACGGGGUAUCUCAGCAGCC